AAUACCUCAAAUUAUAUAAUCAAUCAUCUCUUCAAACCAAAAAGAAAAGAGAGAAAAAAUGGAAAGCAAAAGAGUGAACAUAAUAUUCAUUUCAAUGAUAGUAGUGAUGGUAAUGGGGAACUUUGUGGUUCAGACACAAGCUCAAGACACUCUAUCUUUUAGAACUUGUUAUCCAAGUUGUAUUGAUGGUUGUGCCGUUCAGAAGCAGUUACCAAAAUUACUUUUGUGUCCAUUCACUUGCCUCCUUACUUGUCUUUCUCCUCCAACAUCAAGUAUUCCUUCUCCUCCUUCUCAAAUGUUUUUGGCGAGGGGAUCCGAUCAUAUUGAUUACUUUUGCAAGCUUGGUUGUGCUACUAAUCAUUGUGCUUCUCUUUCAUCCCUCAAAAAUCCGAAUGUAGACAAAGUUGCGGACUGUGUGGAUUCAUGCUCAGACAAGUGCUCCAACAAGAACUAAAAGCACUAAUAUAUGUUCUUGUUUUGAUAAAAAAAAAUCCAUGUCCAAAUAUCAAAAGAUAUGAACUAGUAUACCUUGUAUCACUACGAUAUUCAAUCCAAAUAAAUACUGA